AUGACGACGAAUGCCGGACCGGAAGGCAAUGUAUACUGGCCAGAGUUGCGUCGGAACCUCACUUCUGACGCCGCUCUCAACAACUUCACAGUCAUUUGCCCUGUCUGUGCCACAUCGAUGAGGGCCGUGGCGAGCAACAACAGAAACCAGGCGAAAAUUCUUCACUGCGGCCAUAUGCUAUGUAUGGAAUGCACUAUCCGAAUUUGUGCCAACAUUGAUGGAAGUCGUGACAAUCCGCAUGGCCGCAAGCCGAAGUGUCCCAUGUGCAAGGAGCGGCUGGGCAAGUAUCCCCAUUGCGGCGAGAGCUGCCAGGCACCAGGCCGAAUCGGAUUCCCGAUGCCAAAGAACAUGGAAGAAAUGAGAUACUUGCCGCGCACGAUGCCUGAAGGUGGCUCCGAUCCGAGCUGCUGCAAAAUUUGCCGCAUCAAGCGUAUCGAAAGAACCAGCCAGAGACUGGUAGGGCUCAUCUUGAACGAUACCAAGUCCAGAGCUAAAUGGAACCCGACGGUGGACCAGGCAAAGCAGGAAGCCGGCGACUUUAGUGACUACAUUCAGGUCCCGGAGUUGCAACGGCUCCUGGAUGUUUUGGCCGAAACUGUUCGUGACCCCAAAAUCUAUCAGAAGUACGCCAACUUGUAUCCUCAGCAGUUUGCUUCAGACCAGCGUGCUGUGGCUGAGAUGAAGGAUCGCAAGCGGGAUGCUUUGUAA